AACACAAAUGUCAUAACUGAAGCGAAAAAUCAAAACAAACGGUUUUUCAAUUUUCAGUUCUAUUUUACUGAAUUAAAAGAAUUGUACUAUUUGCAAAAAUUAUUAGUAUAUUAUUAAAAUAAUCUCAAUGGAGGGUGCUUACAAGGAUAAAUAUACAUUUAUAGGGGAAUGGUAUGAUAAUCAAGCAAGUCUUAUAAGGCGGUUCAAUGUUUUUUACUAUCCUACUGAUGAUACAAUCGAAAUGUAUGAUUUAAAAAAUAGAAAAACAUUUCUCAGGAGAGUGAAAGUGAAUGGUGUAACUCUAGAUAACUUUUUUAUUGGAAGUACUCUAUACAUACUAGGUAGAUUAAUUAAGAUAACUGAUUUUGCAUGUGAAGAUACAAAGAAAAAGCUACAUAAGGAUAUGCAAGUAACAUUUGCAUUAAUAAAACCAAUACCAACUAGAAUUGCUGGAAAGAUAAUAACUCAUUUUUAUGAACAUGGGCUAAAGAUUUCAAAGAUGAAAAAAGCUUGUAUCACGUCAGAAGAUGUAUCUUUUCUCUGUAGAACUCAAGUUUCUGACAAUACAUUUCCAUUCCUUCUAGAAUAUCUUAGUGGAAAUCAAGUUUAUGGUAUGGAGCUAGUGGGUAAGGAUGCAGUCACAGUUGCUAUUAAGGUUCUUGGUGAUAAAGACCCAUCUAAGGCUGAACCAGGAACAAUCAGAGCCCUUUAUGGCUCAGAUCCAGUGAGAAAUUGCGUCCAUGUCUCACCAGACCCUGACUCUGCUAUUCAGGAUGUUGAAUACUUUUUCCCCCCUCCACCACAACACUUAUCAAGGCUCAGACUCACAGCUACAUUAUCUAAUUGUACAUUAUGUAUUAUAAAGCCUCAUGCAAUAAGAGAGGGAAAACUUGGAGCAGCAUUAGAAGCAAUAGAUGAAGGAGGUUUCGAAAUAACAGCAUUGAAUAUGUUUAUGGUAGAAAAUGUUAAUGCUUCUGAGUUUUAUGAAGUUUAUAAAGGAAUAGUACAAGAGUAUAAGGGUAUGGUAGAAGAAUUAGCAAGUGGUCCUUGUGUAGCAAUGGAAAUAGUGGCCAAGGAUAAGAAUCUCAAUACUGCCGUUGAAUUUAGAAAAUUGGUUGGACCUGCAGAUCCAGAUAUCGCGCGCCUGUUACGACCACAUACUAUAAGAGCGAAACUCGGUAAAACUAAAGUGCAGAAUGCGAUACAUUGCAGUGAUCUAGCUGAAGAUGGUCUGCUGGAAGUGGAAUAUUUCUUUAAGAUUUUGGAUUUAUGAGCAAAAGAGGAUAUUAGUAUUUUAUGAUUUCUCAGGAUGGAUUAUAAAUUGCACUGUUUGUUUUUGAAUUUUAUAGGAGUGGAGAGUGAAGUAUUUAUAAUCUGUGUUGCAUAUUAAGUUGAUCUUUUAUGACUGCAAGUUGUGGGUCAAUUUUGCUAUAAAUACAUUUGCCGCUAUUUUUACAGAAAUCUAGUCUGAAAAUAAUAAGAUAAUUUAUCUACCUAAUGUAAAAGACUGAUCUUAAUUUUUGUUGCUCUUUCGAUUGCAACUUU